AUGCUGGCAGCAGACAAGCUCGAAUUGACAAGCUUGAUCAAGAAGAGUGCCACUGACUUGAAGGGCAAGGAGCUGGAGCUGAACAAGAGCAACUUCGAAGCUGUCGGCACGCAAGCCGCCGUGCUGGCUGGCUUCGCUGUUUGCAUGAUUGUGAAGAUUGAUUUCCCGGAGGAUGUCAAUCCUUUGAGCAGUUCGUUGUACUAUUUCUUUGCGGUGGUGAAUCUCGUGGGAAACAUCGCCUGCGUGGCAUCGGUGGCGUGUGUGAACAUCAUGGGAACCAGUCUUGGACUGCGCGGGCCAGAUGGAUCCAUGCUGCAGGCAGCCGAUGGCAUGCACAAACAGAGAGACCGUAUCUUCUGGGCUUUCACCACCGCGCUGGUUGGUUGCGCCCUGGCAACUCUUGUUUUGGCUUGGCUGAAGAUGCAGCCUGUCACCGCCGCUCUGUGCACCGCAGUGGUGCUGUACGGCGUAGCCUCAGGAGUCAAAGUGUCACUGCACGUCCAGAACCUUUUCCAGUACAAGGAGACCGAGUCCGGUAAGGUGGAUGACGUGCUAAGCUCCGAGACUGUGGGCCCGGAAUCCUUCGUCCGACAACUGGGCGUUGACAGUGAUACAUUGAUCCAGCUUCUUGCAAAGAUUCGCCGCCGCCGGCAGGUGCUGCUGCUGGUCGCCCUGGCCAGACGAGACGGGCUCCACUCCAUGGUUGUGCGCCGGCAAGCUGCAGGAACGCCUGAGGUCAUUUUCCGAACAUCUUCUGUGGUUCUGACCGGCGGGCAAUGA